UAUAAAAUCAAGCACCUAGCCAUGCAGACAUCUUCUACAAACAUCUGUGAAAGAAUGGGUUGCUCUCAGGAGCUCAUUGAAUUCAAGCGUGGUACCGUGAUGGGUUGCCACCUGUGCAAUAAGUCCAUGCGUGAAAUUUCCUUGCUACUAAAUAUUCCAUGGCCAGCUGUUAGUAGUAUAACAAUGUGGAAGCAGCAAGGCACAACAGCAACUUCGGCCUCGAAGUGGUAUGUAACAGCAAGGUCUGGGGUCUGAGGCCACGUUAAAGUGUGCAGACGUCGCCAACUUUCUGCAGAGUCAAUAG